GUCAUUUGCUAGCCUUGCAUUACCUUCUCCUUCAGUUUCCUCUUGGGUAUCAUGGAGAGAGAAUUAAAAAUACUUCAAAGAGAUAUUGUAAGGAUCAUUUGAAGUAAGGAUUAGAAAACACCACGUAGUGAUGCUUUCUUAGGCAAGCUUUUAACCGAGGAAAGCUGCCCUUCGGUGACAGCCUAGAGGCCUGGAAAUGACCAGUGAAAAAGGGAAGCCCGUCUUGGGUGCAGCAAGUUAAAGACUCAAGCUCGCAGGCCUGGGAGGCAGCGCGGCGGGAGGAGCCUACCCCUGAACCCAGUAGGGGGCGCCGAAGCGCCGCACUGCAGCAUCCUGGCCGCGGAGCGCAGCGGCCUUGGCCGGGCUCAGCUCGCGUCCUGCCGCAGUCCCUCCGCCGCUAGUCGGAGCGAGCUAGAGUGAGGAGACCCCCGCCGGGCCAGUGGCACUUGCUUCUGCGGCUAGUCCCACCCACGACCGCAGCCCAGCAACUGGAAACGCAACCCGAAGCCCGGGCUGCUCAGCGUGGGAGGGCUUCGCGAUCUUGGGGGACCCAUUCCGAACUUGCAGAGAGGACCGUGGCUCUCCUGGCCUGGAGAGUGUGAACAGGAUUGUGGACUCUUCCAAGAUUUACAAUGAUAUGGUGAAUCCAAAGACUGGAACCAAAAAGAUUUGCUCAGUGUUUUAGUUUUAACAACAGUAAAUUGUCUACCAGCACCCAUCAUGGCUAAAAGUGCAGAGGUCAAACUGGCAAUAUUUGGGAGAGCAGGCGUGGGCAAGUCAGAAUCAACCUACCGACACCAAGCAACCAUCGAUGAUGAAGUUGUUUCCAUGGAGAUACUAGACACUGCUGGUCAGGAAGAUACCAUUCAGAGGGAAGGACACAUGCGAUGGGGGGAAGGCUUUGUGCUGGUCUAUGACAUUACUGACCGAGGAAGUUUUGAGGAAGUGCUGCCACUUAAGAACAUCCUAGAUGAGAUCAAAAAGCCCAAGAAUGUGACUCUCAUCUUGGUUGGAAACAAAGCUGACUUGGACCACUCCAGGCAGGUUAGCACAGAAGAAGGAGAGAAGCUGGCCACAGAGUUGGCUUGUGCUUUUUACGAGUGUUCUGCCUGCACUGGAGAAGGGAAUAUCACAGAGAUAUUCUAUGAGCUGUGUCGAGAGGUGCGUCGCCGGAGGAUGGUGCAGGGCAAGACGAGGCGACGCAGCUCCACCACGCACGUCAAGCAAGCCAUUAACAAGAUGCUCACCAAAAUCAGUAGUUAGGCAGCCCAGCUGAGGUGGACCACAUAAUUGGAAACACUCUUCCCCUUCUGUUCCCCUUUCAAAAAUAAAACGAAAUAUUGCAUUCUUUGUUUUGAUUCUGGGAAAUGUCUGGGCUUCCCAUUGUUCCCAGCCUCCCGUAGGUUGGGAAGUUUUAGCGUGUUUUAUGCAAUUUCAGUGCUAACAACUUCUUCCUUUCCUGCUUGAGUAAAGAUACACUCUAAUGGCAUUUGAACAUGUAAUCAGCAGAGAUUCUGAAAUGACUGGUUUAUAUUAAGCUAUUUUUAGGCAUCUUCACCUUGCUUAAGUAGGCUGAAGUUUUUUCAAAGGCAUUUAAAAAUUCAAUUUCUUGUCAGAUACUACAAAUAAUUGUCUUAAAAGUCUAAGAUAGCAGAAAAUACAGUAAAAACACAGGAGAAGAAGCUGAGCUAUUGGAACAGGAAAUAGAAAGAACUCUAGUUUCUGUCUGAAGUGAAGAUUUUCUGAAUUAUCCAAUAUCAUCUAGGUUUUCUUUAACAUUUUAUUUUGUUCUUAAGUUCAAGCAUCUUCUCACUAAUGUUUUUCACUAUAACAGAGAAUUCGUUUCAAUUUGAGUUGGUUCUCUCAACGAUCUAUUGAUCAUUACACCCUAAUUCUCCUUCCGUGGCUCAAACAGUAUUUUUGCUGUAACAAAGGCAGCAGGAAAUUCAGACCCUGCUGGGCCUUUUUUCAUCAAGUCAGGGUGAUGUAAAAACAUUAGAAAUCUUUUCACCAAACCCUGACUUUAUCGAAUGCUAGUAGAAGAUGUAGAAUUAGAGACAUCUUAUUUGUUUAUCACCUUAGCAGCAAAACCAUAGUCCAAAAAACAAGAAAAUUAAGAAUGGAGCUUAACCAUGCCUCCAUUGGGAAGUCUAGGCUUUGAGUCAGGUACAGUAAGAAAAAUUAGCCUCUGAUUCAUUAAGUCUGCCACAUAAUUUGUUUUGAUAUUUUGGAUACAUUAACUCACUUAGGAAAAUUCAGAAAACAAUGGGUGAUUAAAGUUCAUUACAGCUGAAUAAAUGUGUCUAAAACAGAUUCUUGUAUUCUGAAAGUACAGUCUACAACUGGUAAAACUUUGUGAUUCUUUUCUCCCCCAUUAUGCCCCUAUAUACCAAGAUUUGGGUACUUUAUUUUAGUAGAAAAUAUAUAUCUUUUACAUAUGUAUGUAUUUAUAAAUGCAUAGAUAUAUGUAUAAAAAUUUGUAAGAGUUGGAGGCAUUAAUUCACCAAUGCAUUUGGACAACUUGGUGUAACUGACUUUAUUUUAUGUGACUAUAAUAAAAAGCAUAAUUUUCUCAUUCUGUCA